AUGGCCUUCAGGUGGGCUUUAAUACGGGACCUGUUACAAACCAUCAUUCUUCACCAGGACGACGAUGAUACUUCUUUUUGUUUCGAUGGAGACGAGUACUCGAGUGGGGUUGAUACCAGACAGGAGAGUCCUCGGAACUCUCUGGGGCAAUCUCAAUCGACUUGGGAUACUGAGGUUCAUGGAAGCCCACGAGAUAGUAGUCCUGCAAAUGGGGUAUCUCAGAGUGAUAUUGGCGUAUCUUCUUCGGAGAACGACUCAGAUGACGAAGGGGUCGGAUCAUGGGACAAUAACUCUGAUUCUUUGGAAGAUGAGCAACUUUUGGAUUCUUUUAGUAGCUCUGAGGAAGAUUCCGAAUAA